AUGUUUCGCACACGUUCUGUGCCGUCCAAAGCUCUGCGGGCUGUUGGGCAUGCGCAACAAACCACCAUCUCUACUGCACAUAUGACCUUCCCACAAUGCCUUAGACAGCAAUUAAGACGGUUUGGAGCUGCUUCGCGGUGUAUGGAAGAAAACCUCUCUUUCAAGACCCAGCUAUAUGAGAGCACGCAGCAGCGGUUAAUCAGAGAACGGGCGGAGCAAGCUCGAUAUGCCAAGGCCCAGCACGAGACUCCGGCCGUUCGUACUGUUGCGAUGACAGUUGUGCUUGUUUCCGCGUCUCUGGGGUGCUACUAUCUCGGAUCUUUAAAUCCCGCACAAGCCCCUUCUAACUCGACGAAUCCCCUAAGUAACACCCAUACUCCCUGCUACAAUAUCUCCCCCUCGAAUCUCCAGGCGGCCUGGGCAGAUUUUGUCGAGAUUGUCGGGAAAGAAAACGUAUCUACUGCGAAAGAUGAUGUGGUCGCUCAUGCAGGAUCAGAAUGGUCUUCCUACGCUCGGAAGGAAAACGAGAAGCCCUUCUUGAUUGUGUAUCCCUCAACAACCGAAGAGGUGUCCCGGAUCAUGAAAGUAUGUCACGAACGAUUAAUUCCGGUUACUCCUUAUUCUGGUGGAACAAGCUUGGAAGGUCAUUUUACACCUACGCGAGGCGGUGUCUGCGUGGAUUUCCAGCGCAUGGCCAAGAUACUGGCUUUGCACAAGGACGAUUUGGAUGUGGUGGUGCAGCCAGCUGUAGGUUGGGAGGACUUGAACGAGGAAUUGGCCAAGGACAGCCUUUUCUUCCCUCCUGAUCCCGGCCCUAGGGCACAAAUUGGUGGGAUGAUAGGGACCGGUUGUUCGGGGACAAAUGCAUACCGUUACGGAACUAUGAGGGAAUGGGUUAUCUCACUGACAGUCGUUCUUGCUGAUGGUACAGUGAUUAAGACCCGACAGCGCCCCCGCAAAUCAAGUGCGGGAUACGACCUUACGAGGCUUUUUAUUGGCAGCGAAGGCACACUUGGACUGAUUACAGAGGCAACCUUGAAACUAACAGUCAAACCCAAGAACGAGAGCGUAGCAGUUGCUGCAUUCCCCACAAUUCAUAAUGCUGCUGAGUGCGUGGCGAAGAUUGUGGCAGAGGGCAUUCCUGUUGCGGGUCUUGAAAUCUUAGACGAUGUCCAGAUGAAGUGUAUCAAUGCGAGCAAAACUACAAGCCGAACGUGGGCGGAAGCUCCCACAUUAUUCCUCAAGUUCACUGGUACUCCACUGGGCGUCAAAGAGCAGAUUGCACUUGUGAAGCAACUUGCUGCGUCAACUAAAAGCAAAUCAUUUGAAUUUGCUCGAAAUCAACUGGAAAAAGAGGAGCUUUGGAGUGCAAGAAAGGAGGCUCUGUGGAGCGUCAUGGCCAUGAAGAGGAACCCCACUGAUCGCGUGUGGACAACAGAUGUCGCUGUCCCCAUCAGCCGGCUGCCAGAUAUCAUCGAGCAGACCAAGAAGGAUAUUGUCAAGCACGGUUUGCUUGCGGGCAUCUGCGGUCAUGUUGGGGAUGGAAAUUUCCAUGCAAUCAUCCUAUUUAACGAUGCGGAGCGGGAAACCGUUGAAGGAGUCGUCCAUCGGAUGGUUAAGAGGGCCGUGGAGAUGGAGGGAACUGUAACUGGUGAACAUGGUGUGGGCCUCAUCAAACGUGAUUACCUUCCUCAUGAGCUUGGUGAAACGACAGUGGAUGCUAUGCGAAGGCUGAAACAGGCUUUCGAUCCCCUAUCACUACUCAAUGCCGACAAAGUUGUCCGGAUAGAACCACCAGGGGUGGAAGACGUUAAGAAGUGGUAA